AUGCUUACAACCACUGGGAGAAAGGAGAAACUCUCCGUUUCCAAAGGCUCUUACAUCGAAGUCUCAUCUGAUCGAGAGACUACUGGCGGCAAUGUAUGGUACCAUGCUCUUCUCCAAGAAGACCUUGCUUCAUCCAAACGCAAGAAGCUCUCUGUUCUCCACUUAAACCCUCUUUCCAACGAAGUCUACUCUCCUCCCUUGAUCACCACCACUUUCCACCGUCUGAUCCGUCCUCUUCCACCGCCGGAUCCUUCCCCUGAAGUUGGUUUUGAGGAAGGUGACAUGAUCGAUGCUGCUCACAAAGGUGGCUGGUGGUCUGGUUGGGUGGUUAAAGUUCUUGAUCAUCACUGUUUCUUGGUGUACUUAAAAUUCGAACCUGAUGUCAUAGAAGUUGAAAGAAAGGACAUGCGUCCACAUUUGGUUUGGAAAGAUCAAGAGUGGUUUCGUUGCAAGAAACGAGUAAUGACUGAGUCAGAGUUUAGAGCUGGAACUGAGGUGGAAGUGAGAAUAAAGGUGGAACCAUUUGGAGAUAUUUGGGCUCCGGGUAUAACCAUAAAGGAGAGUGAAGAUAGGACAAUACUGGUGAAGUACAAGAGUUUGAAUGCAUGCAGGAAGAUAAAUGUUCCUUACUCCAAGAUCAGGCCAUCACCACCGUCUUUUGGUUUUAAAGGUUUUGGGUUGAUGGAGAAUGUGGAUGUUUUGCUAGAGUCUGGAUGGUGUGCAAGUGUUGUAAGCAUGGUUCUCUCUGAAGAUAGAUACACUGUGAUGUUGGGUCGAAGCAAGAUGAGUGAAGACUUUGAGCAGUCUCAGUUAAGACCAUCCAUGGAGUGGAAAAAUGGUGUUUGGCAAAAGGUUUCGGAUAGAGAGGAGAAUCUGCAUGCAGCUGAAGAAACAACUCGCAUAAGGGUAAAAGUGAGGGCGACACGUGACACUAGUGUGAAGAAUCUUGCUAUUGGUAAAGAAUCUGUGACUGAGAAUGUAGCACAGCUCCCACAAACUCCAGUUUCAUCUGGAGACUUGACUUGUAAAAUGGCUAAUGUUGUGAUCAGUGAGAACACUCUAGUAGUUACUAAGGAACCUGAGAUAGCAGAAAGUAAGUGUUUUUUAUUUUUUUACCGCUCUUUAACUUCACAAAAUAUGAUGUUAAAUGAAUCUAAGUUGUUUACCUGUUUAUCAGCUAAAGAGUUUCACUCACCGAUAGUCCUGGGUUUAGCAGCACCAAGUCUGAGAAAACCUCCAAGGAAGAAGCGUCAGGCAAGGAAGAAUCAAAAGGGCAAUGCAAAUGAUUCUUCACUUGGAGAGAAGAAGAUCGUGAACAAGAAGAAAAGAGGAAGGCCGAGUAAGUUCAUAAGCACUAAGACAAAGCAGAAGACUGUAGUUAUUGCUGGUAAUGGUUCAAUGACUCCAACUACUGAAACUGCUGAUAUGAGUGAUGAUGAUCAGCCACUCACUUCAUGGAUCAACGGUGGAAAUUUAUCAUAUUUGAACAGUUGGCAAUCUUCUGCAACUCCUGAUACAGUGCUUAAUGCUAUUGUGGAAAAGCAUGUCGAUGUUGUGGAAACUCCUAAAGCGAAAGAUUCAACAAUGGUUCUUCCAUUUGUGAAGAAGUCACCGUGCUGGAAGGUUCUUGAAUCAAUGGACAUCUUCAAAGCUGUGCCACAGCGUCCACAUUUCAGUCCACUGCUAGAGUGCGAGGAGGAGUCACGUGAAGGAGACGCUAUUGGUGCAAUGGUGAAGUUCAGUGGACUGUUAGAGAAAGUAAGUGGUACACAAGUGGAUGAUUCAGUAACUGAGAUAAACAGGAUCAAAGAGUGUUUUCUCAAGCUAGAGAAACAUGGGUUUGAUGUGACAGCACCUUGUUCUCGGAUAGAUAAGUUACUGUCUAUUAAAGAAAGCCAGACGUGGGCAUUGGAAGAGCUCAAAGUUGCUGAGAGAGAGAUAACAGAGAGAGACAAUAAAAGAAGGAAGUUGGAAGAAGAUAUUGAACAAUUGCCAAAGAAGAUUGUUGAGUUGCAGAGACAACUAGCAUUGCUGAAAGAAGAGAAAGUGACUAAGGACAUUGAGAUAGCUCUGAUGCAGUCCCACGCAGAGAUUCUCGACAGAAAGGUUCAGAAUGUAGAGCAGGAGUUUCAGGUAACUGUGUCUGCACCAUGGUAA